AUGAAAGUGCACUCAAGUUUCUUGGUAUAUAGAGAUUUCAUAUCACCCUAAAUCUUUUGUAUAGAUGGUGUUAAGUUCAUUGAAAAGCAGACUGAAAUUGAAGUUUUCGCUUUGAAAAAGUAAUCUUAGCAUGGAGAUUAUGUCAGUAACCUCAAUAAAAUUGACUUUAAAAGAGAAAUGAUUGACGAUAGUUAAAUAAGCAUGGAAAACAAAACAAAAGAUGAGUUAGCAAGAAGCAAAGUAAUCGCUAAUAAUGCUUCUAGAUAAGAAAUAUCCUAAUUGGCAAAUACUUAUGACGAAUUCUUGAAAAUUAAGGAAUCUAAAGACUACUAGAAAUAAGGAUACAUUUACAAGUUCGCAAAGAGCAAAAAUAGCUGGGUCAAGGUUUAUGGUGAUAUCAUCAAUCUUUUACUCACAUUAUACUAUGAUAACAAGAAAUAAAAAGUGGUUAUGGGUCCAUUUAUAAUCGAUGGUUAAGCUGUAUUAAAAAAGAUACAAAUAGUAAAGGAGAAAUACUGCCUAGAUCUUAUGUUCAACUUGAAUGAUAGUGGCUUAUUCAAUUUAAUACUUGGAUUUGAUGAUUCCAAUCAAGCCUUAGAAUGGUAAGACUUGAUAGAAAAGAUAAGAGAUAUCACCAAGUAAAAGGCUAUGGCUGACUAGCAUUCAAGGAGAUCAAGUCAAAUAAGCAGCAUCUAAAGUAGUUAGAGUACCCCAAAUUUGAAUAAAUCACCUAGAGGUUCUUAUCUUUAAUAAGAAAGUCCAGCCAAUAUAAAAAAGCAAGCAACAAUGCCAAUUGAGAUUAAUAAGCCAAAAGGCCCUCCUUCAGGAAUCAGACAGGAUUUCUUUAGCUAGGCAAAGGAAUACAAGACUUUAAUAGAUGAUGUCAAAGCAGAUCAAGAUAUGGCUGCAUUUAUCAAUAAAAACGAUAAUAACAACAAAAGAUAGGACUUGUCUCCAUUACCUCAAAUGAGAAAGAGUCAAAGUCAAAGAGAAUAAAACAUAGGUUCUCACUAUGAAGAGUAAAAAUUGAUUGUGAAAGAUUAGUAAAGUACUAAGCCAGUGGAAAUGUCAUUUGGAGGCCCUUAGCAUAUGAAAUUUUUAAAUAAUCAAUCAAUUUAGUCUUUCAAUCAGGACUCAAUUUAAGUACCAUUCGGAUCAGAUCUUGCUAAAGAAGAGACUAAGAUACCUAAGCAAAAAUAGUAAUCGCAAGUAAAGCCAAAACUUGGAGAUAGACUAUCUAAAAGGACAGCUAUGAAUCAGCCUAAUAAGUUUCUCUAUGAAAGAACAUUAAGUCCUUUAAGUGAAAGAGGUAAUUCUGAGGAAGAGGACAAAUAUGCUAGAUCUACGAUGAACAAAAACAAGGAGGGUAGUGUCAAUGUAAACGUGCUUGAUUCAAAGAACUUUAGAGGGAGUAUAUUAUAAUAAGAUUAUAGACAAUCAGUCAAGGAUAGUGUUUUCAGCAUGAAUAAGGAGUCUAUUAUUAGUACUGAUAUGAAUGACGGGAGAUCGAGAAGGAAAAGGUAUAACAACUCAAUUAUCAGUUAAGAAAAUGCUUAAGCUAAGAUUAUAGAAAUUCUAAACACAAAAAUACCUGAAGACUAGUUAAAAAAAGCAUAAAGAAAUAGUUCAUUGAGUCCGAUUUCAAAUAGCUUAAACAAAAUCACAUUCAAGAAAUUUAAUGAUCCCUCAAUCAUUUUAACUAGGGGAGCAUAAAAUCCUUGGGAUCUUGCUCCAAUAUAGUUACAACUAAUUAUUAAGCUUUUAUUCACAAAACAAAGUAAAGACCUGCUUAGGAUUAAGGAGGAUACAGACACCCUAGUCUACAAUAAGAACAAUUUGAGAGUAUAUGCAAGUGAAGAUCUUGAAACAUUCUAGAAUAAAAUGGAGAUAGACACAUAAACCCAGAAAUAGCAAGUAAAAAAUAAGAAUAAUAUUCUCAUAUUCAAAUCAUACUAUCAUCUGGAAUCUUCAAAUAUCAAAACCGUAAUGAAAAUAUACGACGAACCUGAAAGGCUUAAGCUAUGGGAUCCUAAUAUAUAAUCCUCAAAGAUCAUCUAAAUGCUUUCAGGCAGUAGUGCUAAAAUUUACAAUAAAAUUAAAAAGGCAAAUGCAAACUCCAGUGAUAAAAAUAUAUCUGGUGGUACUUUAAGUCAGGAAUUACUGAUAAAUUACUAAUAAGAAGUUAAAGCAGAUACAUUAUUCUACCUUGUUGAAUAAACAUUCAAUAAUACGAGUGGAGUUGGUGCUAAGGAUAUACCCAAAGACAAUAUACUUCUAAAUCUCAUAAUUGCAAAGUAGAAGCCAUUCAAUAAGUGCAGACCUUGUUGCAGAGGAUCCUCAAAUAAAGCUUAACUCUAAAAUAUCUUACUCAGAUAAAUAAAGUCACACUACGAAGGUAUGAAGAAUUACUCACAAGUGGUUAAGGUUCCUGAUCAAAAUCAAAAUUUAGAAAGAUAGUAAAGCAUGCAAAUUCAGCAAAGCUAAAGAACGUCUGUUAAGUAUUAGGAGAACUAAGACUUUCUAAAAAAGUUACUUGAUAGUAAGGAACCAAAUCUGAAAAUUGAAAAUUCUGAUAGACUUACGAAGAAAAAGUAGUCAUCACUAGGUUAAUAACAUGACUGGGAUAAUUUGAAACUGUAAACACAAGAAAGAAAUAAUUUUGAUAGUAAGAGACUCUAAAAACUUGGGUUUAAAGAAGAUACUGAGGUCAAUCGUAAUUCUCAGAGAUCUGGCUAAGAUAGGUCUUCAAGGAAUUCGUAAAAAUCCCCAACUCAGAGUGGAUUGUCAAGAAGCCCAUCAGGAAAUAAUAGAAAUAAUGCUAUCUAUGAUUAGAGACGCACUUCUUUCCAGCCAAUCAAACAGUAAUCAUCAAAUGUCGAAAAAGGAAUAGAUCAUUAUCAAAAAUCAGGAAUCCUAUAAAGAGAUGAUUUAGACCCAAACAAAUUUUAAGAGAGAAGAUAAAACUAAAGAUUAAAAAAUUAAGCAUCUUCACAGCAAUAAGUUAACUAAAAGAAUCUAGAGCAGUUGCUCCUAGAGGAUAGCUAAGUUGAAUAAGAUGUUUUUGGAAAAUAUAAUUAACGUAACACAGAUUUAAGGGGGAGAAAUUAAGAUUAUGAUUAUGAUAGAGUGAACCAAAAUAUGAUUUAUGCAGAAGAUGAAAAUAAUUCUGAAGACUCUAGCUACGACUACGACUAAGAGGUUAGACAUCUAACUUUAAGAAAAGGGGAAGUAAACUAAUUUUUUGAAGAAAAUGAUUUCAAAAGAGAGCCUAAGCAUGGCCUGAUUUUCACAAAUGAAGAACUACUCAAAAAGCAAAGAGGAGUGAUGUCACAUUUCAUUAAGCAAAUGGGGUUCAAUGUAAUGCACGGCAAAUCUAUCUUGCAAAUUAGUCUUCCAAUUAAGGUGUUUGACUCAAAGUCUUUUCUAGAAAAAAUAGCGAUGUUUAUGAAAAUGGCACCUCAUUAUUUCGAAAAAGCAGCAGCUAUAUCCUAAAAAGAUUUUAAUUCUUCACUCUAGAGAUUCAAACUAGCUGUUGCAUAUGCAGUUAGUAUUAGAUAGUUUACUGCACAAAUGAGGAAACCGUUCAAUCCCAUUCUAGGCGAAACAUAUGAAGCAAGAUUAGGAAAUUAUAAAAUUGGUCUAGAACAAAUCAGUCACCACCCACCAAUCUCAUAUUAUAACUUAUGGUCAACUCAUCACCAAGAUUUCAAAGUAUAUGGUUCACUUGAAUAUCGACAAGUUAUUGGAGCCAACUCAGCUGGAGGACACGGGUUUGGACCGUUGAUAGUUGAGUUCAAAGGUGGAUAGAAAAUAGAAAUAAGAUCUCCAAUCACUGAAGUAUCAGGAAUUUUAUAUGGAGUACGAGCUUUUAAUAUCUAUGACACAAUGACAAUUAAAGAUACAAAAAAUAAUCUAUUUUGUGAAAUAGUCUUCAACCCUGAUAAGAAAUCAGGGUUUAAAAGUCUCUUUGGAAUGGGUGGAGGCAAAUCAGCAUUAAACGAUGAUCAAAGAGUAGACUACAUUGAAGGUGUAAUAAGUAACAGAGACAACAUCGACUACAAGAAAAAUAGAGGUAAAUUAAAUGAAGGAACUGACUAUAUAUGUCUGGUAAAUGGACACUGGACAGAAGAUCUCUAUAUAGAUGGUGUUAAAUACUGGCACAUAGAUGAUUUUAAGGGACUUUAGGUUAGACCUUCUUAAAAUCCAUUGCCAAGUGAUUGCAGAUUUAGAGAGGACUUGGUACAUUUAAUUAAUACAGAUGAGGAUACAGGACAGAAAUGGAAAGUGAUACUAGAAGAAAGAUAGAGAUAUGAUAGGAAGUUAAGAGAGGAUGCCAAAAAGAAAAGAUAAAAGACAGGGAAAAAAUGGACUCAUUAAUGA